AUGAGUUCUCCGAAGAGACGUAUUGAGAAAGACGUAAUGGAUCUAAUGAUGAGUGACCAUGAUGUUGCCCUCAUUGACGAUUCCAUUCAGCUGUUUCAUGUUAUUUUUCAUGGACCAUCGGAUACACCGUAUGCUGGAGGUACUUGGAAGAUCAGAGUUGAGUUGCCAGACCAAUAUCCUAUAAAGUCACCAUCGAUCGGGUUUAUCAAUAAGAUCUACCAUCCUAAUAUCGAUGAAACGUCGGGAUCGGUCUGUCUUGAUGUAAUCAACCAAACAUGGUCACCGAUGUUCGGCUUAUUGAAUAUUUUCGAAAACUUCUUGCCACAUCUCUUGAGAUAUGCCAAUCCGAGCGAUCCAUUGAAUACCGAAGCAUCUACAUUAAUGACCAAAGAUGAGAAAAAGUAUAACGACACGGUUAAGGAGUAUGUGACACGGUACGCCAAGAAUGUUUCUAACGAAGAUGAAGAUAAUGACGAUAUUAAUGAUACUGAUGAUGAUGAUGGCGAGUUGAGUGAUGUUGGGAGCUUAUCGAGUGACGAUGAAGAUCACCAUAAUGGGGUUGCUGGUGAAUUCGAGUUGUAG